CACAAAUGUUCGAUUCACGGGGGCGCCCGCAAAACUCACCUCUUGCGCGUGCGAUCUACAAGGUGCUACAUCCGUCCUUCUACCCUCUACCCAGGCGCACCCUCUUGCCUCUUAUCCUGUUCCCCGUGUCCCUUCCUUGCCACUCGCCGAAUCACACAUCAAGACUCAACAAGUACGUCCGAUGCAUAGUAAGCAUGGACUGCAUCCGUGGCUGCAGCGUGCACGUUGAGGUAGAACUGCACAGCGAGAACAGCCCCGAUCAGGAGACACUUCACAACGGGCGCAACAUCGGGAAGACCCUCCCUGCGGACUACACACGCAGCAUCAUGCACACCGUCGUCAUCGAUGGCAUCGACCGCAGCCCCUGCUGCGGUACGCACAUGCCCACCAUCCACGACCUCUUCGUUGUCCCGCACACGGAGUUGCUCGCCACGCGCGCGAGCUCGACCUCCGUGCGGCUCAGCUGUGGGAUGCUGCAAGUCCCUGAACACGUUGUGGAGGGCGUGGAGGAGCGCAACUGCAGGACGAAACAUGCGGAGGACGUCGAGGCUGAGCUUGCGGGGUAACGAACAGGCAGGUGAAGGACAGGGGAAUGACGGUGAUCUUGUCUGCCUAUUACAUAGUGCUUAGUAUACUCCCCAAUGUCGAUAUUAUGCACGAAUAAUGAAGCACUAUACGAACACCGCAUUUGUCACAGCGGG